UGACUUUGAGACUCAUCCAACGCUUCUCUUCCUCUUCCAUCACGAUGUCGCUUGCAAUGCUCGUCGGUGGCGCUGAAUGCGGACCAUCCAACCCGCUCCAGAGCCUAUCCAAACGAUUUGACCAAGACCGCGGAGUGCAGCAGGACUUCAUCGGUGGAACACGUGCAGGCUCAUCUCGAGAGGUGUUCCGCACCCAGCAAGCUACUUCGCCUGAGCUGCAGCAGCAUGCGGAACGUUUCUUUAAUUCGGCGCCUGCGCCCCCGACACAGCUAGUCGUCCCUCAGCCAUUCAAUUUGGCCGGAUUGCACGACUCUCUCCCUCAAGUUCAAGCAUCUGUGCAAUUACCGCAGGCCCAGAACCCAUUUGCCUCGGGUUGGGCGAGCGAUUUUCUGGUACAGCAGGUCCAGGCACCUAUAUCGGCGGUCACGCAUGCCGAGGCUCUGCAAGAUCGAAUGCAGAGUCCCAUUUCGGCGCCUAUGAGUCCGGGAUUGCAAGGUAGUAUGCCAUGGAACGCCUCGCAUGCGGGCUACAGAAUGAAUCCUAUAUCGGGCAUGAUGGCCACGGUUCCGAUGUCGAUGCAAAGAACUGCUUUGCAGACCGAUCAUAUGUCAUGGGACAGAGAGUUUCAGUCUCAAGAAACGAUGAUGAAUGCACAAGUCAUUCCAGUAGCCGAAGCUGCUGCAUCGAAGCCUGCGCCAAGAGAUGAUAUGGCAGAAUUAGCAGCACGCGUCAUUGAUGCCGUCCACGGCGAACAGAAUCCCAAAUUUCACCAGAGCCAAUUCAUGAGCCUCAUGCGUCAGUUUCGGGAUGGCGAAGUAAUCGUUGAAGAAGACAAGAUCGUUCCGAGUGGAAGUAGCACUGCGGACGUCAAGGGAAAGGGUCGUGCACUCAAUAUUCCUGUGCGAGAAGUUCAGGAGCCUGUACGGGUCCAUUCGGUGCCCGCGAGUUCUGUCCAGGGCUACCAGGGUUCUGUCGAAUUAAACGAAGCAUAUCGCCACCAACACAAUAACGCAAACGAUGCUUAUUUUCAACAAGAAAAUGAAGAGUUCUCGAAGUACUGGGAUGCUCAUUAUACCGGACCUGUGCCCCACACUAAAUCCGCGGGCGAGCAAGGUUCAUGGCAUGAACUACAACGAGACUGGGAUGCCUUUGAAGCUACUUCCACGGGAAUUAAAGCCCUGAUAAAUUACCAAUUCCAGGAGAACAAUCCUUAUUUCCUGGGCGACUCAUCAAAGACCCGCCAUCAUGCAAUGCACGUGAGUGAGGUUCAACGUGUGUAUGAUAACGUCCUCGAACUGGAAGCAGCUGUGCAGCGCGAUAUGAACAACGCUGCAGCAUGGUAUGAGCUUGGCGUCAAACAACAAGAAAAUGAACGUGAAAUGAAGGCGGUUCAGGCCUUGGAACGUUCUGUUGAACUGGAUCCGACGCACCUGGGCGCGUGGCUUGCCCUCUCCGUGUCUUACACGAAUGACAGCAAUCGCAUGGGCGUUUACAACGCGAUCAAAGAAUGGGCGCUUCGGAAUCCCAAGUACAAGGAUAUCGUACAGAACGCCACUAUGACAACCACCAAUGUAUCCUCUCCUGGCAAUUUUGAGGCGUUGAUAGAGUGUCUUAUCAGUAUGGCACGGAGCGCCGAUGAAAUGGGAGGUGUGGAUGCAGAUGUACAAGUGGCGCUUGCUGUGCUACUUAAUACGACAGACGAAUAUGCCAAGGCGCAAGAUUGCUUCCUGACGGCGUUGGCGGUCCGCCCGGAUGACUGGCUUCUGUAUAACAGAGUGGGUGCCACGAUGGCAAAUAAUGGGCAGGCCGAGGAAGCACUUCAGUUCUAUUAUCGGGCACUGGAUCUAAACCCUGCAUACAUACGAGCAAGGUUCAACCUGGGCAUAUCGUGUAUUAAUCUUCGGCGGUAUGAGGAGGCGCAGUCACACAUUCUCGAUGCGUUAGUCUUGCAAGAUAGUGAUGGUGUGGCGGACGAUAGUGGCAUGAAUGACAAGCGUGGCGUGACAAAUUCCGCACUAUGGGAUAGCCUCAAGACGACGUGUUUGCACCUUCAGAGGUCUGACCUUGCAGCGUUAUGUGAUCAGAGAGACCUGGAUGGAUUCCGGAACGUUUUUGAAAGCGGGCCCUGACAAGCCCAUGCGUGGGUGGAUCCUCAACGAUCCGUGCCGUGAUGUGUCCUGUUAUUUCGUACAAUGUUCUCUCCGUCUAGCAAUGCUUCAUAUGUAUAGUACCUCGCAUCACGUGGAACCUAUGAGGCUGUCAGUUCAGAGUAGUUCUCGGGCUAGUAGCGUCAGAUCAAACCUGAUGUGCUCGGACCAGGA